CUGCGCGGCUCACAUUCCCGGAGGCGCCCCGCCUGGAGGCUCGACGAGGGGGCUGGCCGGCGCACUUGCGCUCCCCGCUGUCGGCGAGAGGCGGCUCCAGUCGUGACAGUGGCAACAAGGAAGUGGAGGCGAGAGCUCGCGCGCGCAUCCCGGGGGCUGGAGGAGCCCCGGCCCCGCGGCCCCGCCCAGCGACACACGGUGCGGAGUCGCGACAGCCCCUUUCGCUCCCGCACCUUGGAGUCGCGAUAUGGGGUCUUGGAGGGAGGGUGUGGGAGGACAGGUUCGCUCCGCAGGCUCUUCACCGACGCCUGCCGAGGGCCCCGGGGGGGUCAAGCCCCGGGGAGCCCGAGGAAGACUGCAGAUACACGGGCGUCGCCGCGGCACCGGUUCGGCGGUGGCAGCAGCAGCGGUACCAGCACACACCUAGGAUCGCCUGGGAGACCCGUCCCGGCGGCCCUCGCGGCGCACCGGAAGCGGCCCGUCGCGCGUGACUGCGUGAAACCCUUUGCGCAAGCGCAGCAGUCCAGCCCUAGCUGAGGGGCGGGCCCAUAGGUACUGCUUAGAGGCUUAGAUGGGGGCUGCUAAGGCGGACGGACUGCUUCCGGCCAGAGGUUUCGGGAGGAGGAGAAAGCUGCGGCUACCCGCGGUGGGACGCCCGGGCUGCUUUGCCCCCAUUGACGUAGGGCGUUCAGUUUUCCACACUUGUGGCAAAACAAAGCACGUGAAGGAGUGGACACAGCCCUGGUAGUUGUGGCCCAGCCCUCAUUCUGCAGAUAUGGCAAACAAGGGGAACAAGAAACGUCGGCAGUUCUCCCUGGAGGAGAAAAUGAAAGUUGUAGAAGCUGUAGACUCAGGUAAGAGGAAAGGUGAUGUGGCAAAAGAAUUUGGUAUCACCCCUUCUACUUUGUCUACAUUCUUAAAGGAUCGUGCCAAAUUUGAAGAAAAGGUGCGGGAGGCAUCUGUGGGACCACAGCGGAAAAGGAUGAGGAAUGCUCUCUAUGACGACAUUGAUAAGGCUGUUUUUGCUUGGUUUCAAGAAAUUCAUGCCAAAAACAUUCUCGUGACUGGUUCUGUCAUUCGGAAAAAAGCACUAAAUUUGGCCAACAUGCUUGGCUAUGACAAUUUUCAAGCAAGUGUGGGCUGGCUGAACAGAUUUAGGGAUCGACACGGAAUUGCGUUGAAAGCAGUCUGUAGAGAGGAUAGUGACAGAUUAAUGAAUGGUCUAGGAAUAGAUAAGGUUAACGAAUGGCAUGCAGGGGAAAUUAUAAAACUGAUUGCUGACUACAGCCCAGAUGAUAUCUUUAAUGCUGACGAGACAGGAGUGUUUUUCCAGUUGCUUCCCCAGCACACGCUGGCUGCUAAAGGGGACCAUUGUAGAGGGGGCAAGAAAGCAAAGCAGCGAUUGACAGCACUCUUUUGUUGCAAUGCUUCAGGGACUGAAAAAAUGAGACCAUUGAUUGUUGGUAGGUCAGCCAACCCACAGUGCCUCAAGAACGUCCAUUCCCUCCCUUGUGACUAUCGAGCCAACCAGUGGGCAUGGAUGACACAGGAUCUGUUUAAUGAGUGGCUGAUGCAAGUGGAUGCCAGGAUGAAGCAGGCAGAGCGCCGGAUCCUCCUGCUGAUCGACAACUGCUCUGCUCACAAUAUGCUUCCACGCUUGGAAAGGAUUCAGGUGGGUUAUUUGCCCUCAAACUGUACUGCCGUCCUGCAGCCACUGAAUCUUGGCAUAAUUCACACCAUGAAAAGGCUGUACAGGAGCCGCCUUCUAAAACAAAUCCUCCUCAAGCUCAGCAGCAGUGAGGACCAAAGAAAAGUGAACAUCAAGCAGGCCAUUGACAUGAUUGCUGCAGCAUGGUGGUCAGUCAAGCAGUCCACAGUGGUGAGAUGCUGGCAGAAGGCAGGCAUCGUCCCUAUGGAAUUGACAGAUUCUGACAAAGAAACAGCAGCCAGUGAACCAGAUACUGCUAUUGAAAAAUUGUGGCACUCAGUGGCUAUUGCCUCCUGUGUCCCAAAUGAAGUGAAUUUCCAGGACUUUGUCACUGCAGAUGAUGACCUCACCAUCUCUCAGGAGCUGAUAGACACAGAGGUCAUUCAGAACACGGUGGCUGGUGAAAAUACUGAUGAAGCCGGAAGUGAAGAUGAAGGGGAGGUGUCUUUACCACAGCAGCCAAAAAUCACCAUCACAGAGGCCAUCUCAAGUGUACAGAAACUUAGAUGGUUCCUUUCCACUUGUGUAGAUGUUCCUGAUGCCAUUUUUGGACAGCUUAAUGGCAUAGAUGAAUAUUUAAUGAGAAGAGUGACACAAACUCUUGUCGAUUCUAAAAUUACAGAUUUUCUCCAAACAAAAUAAUGUAGGCAUUAUUUUGCCUCUUACUUUGGAAGAUGUAGUUUACAAGAAUCUUUAAAUCUUUUAGACUUCUUUAGAUAGGAUAUGGAACUUAAAUUUUAAACAUUACAUGACAACAUUAUAGUCCUCUGAAAUAAUCAGGAAAUUUUCUUGAAUGGAAGUUGGAAAUGAAAUUUGACUAAUAUGUUCUCUUUUGAUUAAUCCAAUGGUUCCCAAACGUGUCUGCACCUUAGGAUCACUUGAGGAUCUUUAAAAAAUGUCCAGAGCCCAGAUCAUAUCCCAGACCAAUUAAAUCAUAAUCUCUGGUGAUGGAUCACAGGCAUUAAUAGAUUUUGAAGCUUCCCAAGUGAUUUCAAUAUGUACAGAAAAGUCUGGGAACUAUUGGAUUAACCACAAGAAGAUGAAACACACUGUGGGCCUGGAACCAACUUUUUCCCAAUAAGUCUAGCUCAUUGGUUUCCAAAUUUUAGCUCACUUCACUUCAAAGUCAUUUGGAAGCCUUGCUAAAACCCAAAUUGCUGGGCUCUAACUUCAGAGUUUCUGAUUCAAUGAGUCUUAGGUGGGGCCCAAGAAUUUGCAGUUCUAAUAAGUUCCCAGGUGAUGCUGAUGUGGUUCGGGGUCCAUACUUUGAGAACCACUGUCUAGCAGGAAUCUAGCACGUCUGUCUUCAGCUGGCUACCUGUAUACUCCCCAUCACUGUCAAAAAAAAAAAAAUUAUCUGUUCUGACUACAGAGAUGUUAACUCUUUUCUGCUAAUUUGGUGAUUUUAGAAUCUUCUUAGCUAUUCUCUUGACUGCCCCGCCAGUUAGCCAAGUAUUCAGUAGAGGUACAUUCAUCUGUGCCCAAAGAAUUAACAGGAGCCAUCUAGCCUAUUAAAACUUAUUGUAGUGCUUCAGGCUUAUUAUUAGUAAGGAGUUGGGGUACAGCAAAAUAAGGUGCAUUAAAGAGGAGACGUGAUAUGCUCUGGGAGGCGGGGUAUAAUAUCAGAGAAUCCUAUUAGGAUCAUGGGAGAGAACAUAUAACCCAGUGCAUCUCUUUCCAGAUAACGUAAGAGGAAAGUUUGGCGAGAGAUGGCUGAGUGAGAGUGUUUGGAUCAUCCCCUGUUUGGAUUAUUCACAGUUUUCCUCUCCACACAUGUAAUCCAGCCUAGACCAUGUAAUUAGGAUGGGGCACUCAACAUUUGCUUUCACUAAAAGUACUUCAUAAAUAAGCUUUAUUCCUUUGUGUUUGUUCUUUGGGGAAGUCUGCUAGAGCAGAGUUGAUUUUAAAUUAUUUAAAACUCUAAGUUUAUAAUCAAAUUUAUAUUAAAGUUUGUUUCCUAUAGAGAAGACAUUCUUAAUAUCUUUCAUAACUCUCAUAUCUAUUCCUAAUAAGUCAGAUAAAUGCCAGUUUCAUUUUUAGAAGGUACUCACAAUACAUGUUAGUGUUGUAGUGUAGUUUUUUUCCCCCCUUCAGGUUAAUUUUGCGGCUAUUUCAGAAACACAGCAAUUCAGUUAUUUUUCUUUCUGUAGUUACUUAAACAGUUGUAUAAAGCAGAUUAGUCGUAGAAAGUUCUGCUUCCACAUUGAAUUAGUCGUAGAAGGUUCUUCCACGUUGAACAAAACAACAAUAAUCACACACACACAAAAAACCAGCAGAUGUUUAAAUGGAUGUUUUUGAAAGCUUAUUUGGAUAUUUUUCCUUUUAAAAUAGUAUAAUUUGAAUUAAAAGUACUACACAUAUUUAAAAUUUUUAACACUUAGGAGAGGAAAACAAUGCCUUCUGGAUAAGUUCUGUGGUUCUUCUAUCUCAUUGGCAGCACCUUAAUUGCUUUCAUCUGUGUCAGGACUACUGCCCUCCCCCCCCAAUUUCCUCACCUUUCUCCUUAUGUCUGUUUUCUGAUGUCCAUUUUGUACUUAAUGUUAAUCUAUUUAUCUGUUGGGAUCACACCGUUUCCCCUGCCUGUCUGUGGUGGUUCUCAAAUGCCUAAAAAAUCAGACUAGAUUUUUUCAGCUGAGUUUUAGCACCUUUCGAGUUGACUACAACCUGCAUUUCCAACUUGGUUGCUCAGUACAAUCCAGUGUCUGUGCUGCCCCAGAAUAGGCCAUUGUCUUCCUUCACUCCAUACCCAUGUCUGCUAGUGUGCCUUUGCCUGAAUGCCUCGUCCUGCUCUCUACCAAGCUAGGCCCUACACAUUCUUCAAGAACUAACUGGAGUCUUCUUUCUUCCACCCUUUCUUGAAGACUCACCACACUUCUUUCCUCAAUUCCUCAGUACUUCUUGUUUCUAUCACUGAGUUAAGCACUUGAAUGUUUUAUAAGUUCUGUGGCUCUUUAACUAGACUGUAAGCUCCAUGAGAGCAGGGACCAGUCAGCCUUUUGUUACCUUAAUGGUGUGUAGCACUGUGCUGGGCACAUCAUAUGCACUUCAAUAAACAUUUGUGUAUAAAUUGAUAGACACGUAAUGUGUCAUAGCCACCUUUUAAAGCUGUAUGAAGCAUCGAUUGUACUAGAAAAUGAAUUGGAGGUAAGGUAAAGUUGUCUUCUAUUUAAAAGGAUUUGCAAAAAUUUUCCAUGAAUAUCAUUGCUUCAAAUGUUAUUCCAGUCCAGGAUAACCUGUCCUUUGAUAAUGAAUUCUAGUAUGUAAACUUGUUCCCUUCCAUUGAAUGUCAUUGUGAGAUUCUCCGUUUACACACAUAAGACUUUAGCAUGAAAAGCUUUUUCUAAGUGCCUUGCAUAUAGUAGUAUUCAGUAAAUAUGUGCUUAAAACAUU